AUGGCACCUGCCGAGAAUACGAAGGCUCAGGAGCCGAAGAAGGAGGGUCCUCCUCAGCUGUCUGAUGUUGCUGAUAUCAUCGAUGAGGGCACCUUUGAGCAGAUCCUGGAAAUGGAUGAUGACGAUGAACGCGAAUUCAGCAAGGGUAUUGUCUACGGCUUCUUCGAGCAGGCUAAGACUACAUUCGAAAAGAUGGAGAAGGCUGUCGCGGAUGAGGACUUGGAUGAUCUUUCAUCUCUUGGUCACUUUUUGAAGGGCUCCUCGGCCACUCUGGGUCUCACACACGUUAAGGACGGCUGUGAAAAGAUUCAGCACUUCGGCGCCCGUAAAGACGAGACCGGCUCUACAACACAGCCCGACGAUAAGAUUUCGCUCAAAAAAAUUGAUACCACUGUGAAGGAGGUGAAGAUCGCAUACGCUAAAGUUGAGCGGUUCCUGCGCCGAUACUACGGUGAGGAUCUUAAGCCCGAAGAAGAAGAGAAGGAGGAGAAAAAGGAGGAGGUGAAGGAAGAGAAGAAGGAGGAGGAGAAGAAGGACGACAAGGAAGACGUGAAGAAGGAAGAGAAGAAAGAGGAGCCUAAGGACAAAGAGCCUAAGAAAGCCUAG